UGCGGAACCUUUGAAGGGGAAGAAUGUGUCGGAAGGACACGGUCAGGCAAAGAUGGCAGACGUACCAGAAAACGCUCCAGAACACUGCCCAGGCACGUCAAGUGAGGAAGCAGGAAAGUCUGCAUCAUGCCAGGGCUGCCCCAACCAGCAGCUGUGUGCCUCUGGCGCUACCAAGGCCCCAGACCCUGCUAUUGCAGAAAUAGGGGAGAAACUGUCAGUGGUCAAACACAAGAUCCUGGUGUUGUCAGGGAAAGGAGGAGUUGGGAAAAGCACCUUCAGCGCUCUCCUGGCCCACGCUCUGGCAAGUGACAGCACCAAGGAGGUUGCAUUACUGGAUGUGGAUAUCUGUGGUCCAUCCAUUCCAAGGAUCAUGGGCCUAGAAGGAGAACAAGUUCAUCAGAGUGGCUCUGGCUGGUCUCCUGUGUACGUCGACGAUAACUUGGCGGUUAUGUCAAUCGGCUUCCUUCUCAGCAGUCCUGACGAUGCUGUGAUCUGGAGAGGGCCAAAGAAAAAUGGAAUGAUCAAGCAGUUUUUGCGGGACGUCGACUGGGGACAACUGGAUUACCUAGUUGUAGAUACUCCACCCGGCACCUCUGAUGAGCACCUGUCAAUAGUUCAGUAUCUCAGCUCCACCAAUGUGGAUGGAGCUGUCAUCAUCACCACACCUCAGGAGGUCUCGCUGCAGGACGUCCGAAAAGAGAUCAGGUUCUGUCAGAAGGUUAAGCUGCCCAUCAUCGGAGUCGUGGAGAACAUGAGCGGCUUUGUGUGUCCCAAAUGCAAGAACACUUCGCAGAUCUUUCCCCCCUCCAGUGGCGGUGCAGAGAAAAUGUGCGCCGACCUUAAUCUGCCUCUGUUAGGCAAGGUGCCACUUGACCCAAGGAUAGGACGGAGCUGCGACGAGGGCAAAUCUUUCCUCCAAGAAGUCCCCGACUCUCCUGCAGCUGAUGUCUACCGCAGGAUUGUGCAAAGUAUCCAGGACUACUGCUCCAACAGAGCGAGUGAUGUGCAGAAUGCAACAUGACCCCCAAGACCGAAGCAGAUCACAAGAGAGUAGUAGGGACCUGGAGAGCAAACACACACAAGAACGCUUCUGACACUGACAUCAUAGCUGCAGUUUUAGUCUGAACUAUUCUCAAUAGCAGACUUUUUUAUUAUUAUUAUUAUUAUUAUUAUUAUUAUUAUUGUCAGAAACUUUGAUUCGUGUGUAUAGAUUUGAUUCGACCUCAUUGCGCUCUCCUUCCUCCAACUAAAACACAGAUAUGUCAUGUAGAAGCACAAAUCCGACAAACAACUUUGAAUGAAUACCAACUGAAUGCAUUUCCACUUUUUGAUAAAGAAAUAAAGCUUGUCACAAAAAAUAAAUCUCAAAA